AUGAAUGCAUUGCGCAUGCGGAAUGAAGUGCACCUUUGUUGUCCCUGAAAAUCUAGGCACCAGCGGAAAUUUUGUUUCCACACGAAUACGAAGGGGGCAAAUUCUACGUUAUUUCUGUGUCCUCGACUGGAUAUUUUAUCGCGGUCUUCUAAAAAGAUCAUUGAAUGGUUGUUCUAUGAACCAAAAUGGAUCAGACUGAUACAGACUGGGGAGGAUGGAGUGUACCUGGACAAGCAGAUGGUGAGACGUUUCCCAAACAGGAGGACUCUAAUCACAGCCUGGCAGAUGCUCGCUCAGACUCUGUGUACGACAGCAGCAACAUGGGGGGAGAAGAUGACUACAUGAGCAAUCUCGGACUGUAUGAUGGCUACGACAGUUACAAUGAAAUGUCGGGCAGCUCAUCAUCUGAUGAUGGUGAAAAUGAAAAACCUGGCUAUGACAAUUACAAUUUCCAGUCCACAGGACAGCCUACACCCUUUAGAUUCAUCAAUGGCAAGGAUGGAAUGGCGACAUGUGAGAGAUGUGGAGCUGUUGGGAUCAAACAUGCAUUCUACUCCAAGUCCAAGCGCUUCUGUAGUCUCUCCUGUUCAAGGAGCUUCGCUACCGCUCAGAGAGAAGGCAAACCUAGCGCUAAGGAAUCUACAGCACCGCAGAAAAAAAUUGCUGGCAAGAAGCUGAAUUCUCCAGGCAAACAAGCUACACAGCCUAUCAAACAAAUGUCCUGGCCAAAAACCGUCACCAGUCGUCCAGGUGGAGUGAAAGGGUUUGAUUGGGGUCCAUACUUGUCUUCCACAUCAUCUGAUGCAGCUUCCGUCAGCUGUUUUAAACAUUGCCCAAUGUCUGACAACUGGCUCAACAUCACUGUUGGGAUGAAGGUGGAAAUUCAAAACCAUGAGUGUGACCUUCCAGAACACGCCUACUGGAUAGCAACUGUAAUAAAGAUAGCAGGUUACAAAUCUCUGAUGAGGUUUGAGGGAUUCGGCAAUGACACUAGCUAUGACUUCUGGAUGAAUCUGUGCACACAAGAUGUUCACCCUGUUGGCUGGUGUGCUACCAUAGGCAAGCCUCUAGUACCACCGAAAUCAAUACAGCAUAAGUAUCUAGACUGGAAGGAAUAUCUGGUGAAGAGACUGACUGGCUCACGCACCCUACCCAGUAAUUUCUACAAUAAGGUAGUGGAGAGCAUUAGUAAUCACCGAUUCAAAAAAGGGGUUAAUGUUGAGGUUGUGGAUAAGAUGUGUGUGUCGGCCAUGAGGGUUGCUACAGUUGAUGAAGUAAUUGGAGGCCGUCUAAGACUACAAUAUGUGGACUCCAAGGAGGAGAACGAUGACUUUUGGUGUCAUAUGAGAUCUCCCCUGGUGCAUCCCAUCACUUGGUCGCAAAGGUCUGGCCACAAACUCCAUGCCAUCCAGGAGUAUAAAAACGAGUGUCUCAACAAGAUAAUCACAGAGAACUACCAUCCUACUGAUGCUGUUCCAGACAUGUUCCACAAGGUGAAGGAGCCCAUGGGUGACCUGAAGUUCCAGGUUGGAAUGAAAUUAGAGGCCAUUGAUCCACUUAACCUGUCUGCUAUCUGUGUAGCUACUGUCAUGAAGGUAUUGAAGAACAACUAUCUGAUGAUUGGUAUAGAUGGCUCCAUGGCCCAGAAUGGCUCUGACUGGUUCUGUUAUCAUACAUCCUCACCCUGUAUCUUCCCUGUCGGCUUCUGUGAGAUCAAUGGACUGGACCUCACACCUCCACGAGGCUACAAAGGCCAGUUUAAGUGGUUCGAGUAUUUGAAGCAGUCCAAGUCAACUGCUGCUCCUGUCAAAUUGUUUGAUAAGGAAAUACCAAAGCAUGGUUUUAAACCUAGUCAUAAAGUAGAGGCAGUUGAUCUGAUGGAGCCCAGACUUAUCUGUGUGGCAACUGUCAGUAAGGUGGUGGGCCGACUGCUACGUAUCCACUUUGAUGGCUGGGAGAAUGAGUAUGAUCAAUGGGUAGACAGUGAAUCUCCUGACCUGUACCCUGCAGGCUGGUGUGAGGUCAUGAACUAUGGCCUGGAAGGACCAAGAGUGAAAGUUGAACCUCCCGCACCAAUACCUCCAGCACCAAAGUCAAACAAAACCCCAGACAGUCACUCCAAAAAGCGCAAAGGCAAGACGCAAAUCUACAAGGGACCGCGCAAAAGUAAGUCCACAAAGAGGAAGCCUAAACUGAUCCCAGGCAGUACCAUGCUGGACCUUCACAGAGAUCUACAGAACAACGACAGAGCCCAGGGGUUCUUGUCCUUCGGCAGCCGUACCCGGUCUGCACACUCCGAUGCUAGUACACUGCCACCCUUAGAUGAGGGGCGUACAGGCCCUGUCAAAGUAAAGCAGGAGGUAGACGACAGCGGGGCUGUGGAUGGUCCACCCACAUUAAGCCCUCAUGCCCCUGGGGGAGCUGCCAUUGAGACCAUCAAGUCGGAGCCUAUGGACUAUACGCCUGCCCCUACCACUGGUCUGGCCUUCACCAAGACUGCUCUGUCUAAUCUCCUUUUGUCUAAGUCACCACUCAGGGGCUCGUCCUCAGACCUGGCCAUGGUCAUUAACUCUGCCCAAUACAACCAAGUCACCUACUCUGACCCUGGUAAGGCUGGGUCAUCAGCAACAGUGUCAUUAAACAGACAGAAAACAGUGUCCCCCUCCGCAUGGACUGUUGGGGAUGUAAACCACUUUCUGAGGGAUCAGGAUUGUGCUGCACAGUGUGACAGCUUCACCAAGUUGAACAUUGAUGGAAAGAAACUUCUGGAGUUGACACGAGAACAGAUUGUUAGUUUGACUGGAAUGAAAGUUGGUGCUUCACUCAAAAUCUACGACCUUAUUCAAAACUUAAAACAUUCACCAGGAAUCACUUCAUCAUAGCAAAAUUAAUUUGUGGCAAGCCUGUCAAGGUCCAUUGUCUUGUUACAACUGUCGGAGAAAAAUUAACACUUCCACGAGACAUGUGCAU